AUGAUUGUUCAAACUGCAGGCACAAGAAAGUCACACCUCAUAACAAGCAUUAAAUCAACACUCAAAAGAUCAGCACCAAAUGGCCAAUCACCAUUAUUGCUCCUUGCACCAACUGGAGUUGCGGCAUUCAAUAUACAAGCAUCAACAAUUCAUUCAGCACUAAGAAUUCCAAUCAAAGAAAUGCACACUCUACAAGGACAAACAUUGGCAAGCUUCCAAGAAAGCAUGUACUUCAUUCGCUACAUUAUAAUCGAUGAAAUGAGCUUCAUUGGUCCCAGGUUUAUACAACGCAUUGAUAUAAGGUUACGUGAGGCAUUCCCUGCCCAUAACCAGCUCCCAUUUGGAGGACGCUCAAUCAUUCUCUUUGGUGACUUGGGCCAACUACCACCUGUCAAAGACAUUCCUAUGUAUGCUUCAACUUCAUAUGGAGGGACACUAUGGCGUAGCUUCAUAACAAUUAUAACAUUGAAAAAAAUAUUUCAUCAAAUUGGAGAUCAACCUGCACAAAUUGCCUUUCGUGCACUUCUCUCCAAUUUACGAAAUGCAGAACCCACUAUUGCAGAUUGGCAACUUUUACUUUCUCGAGCAAAUUCAGCACUUUCCUCUGCAGAGCAAUCUUUAUUCUUAUCAUUCACACACUUAUUUGCAACAAAUGAAAUGGUAUCAUUACAUAACAAACAUAUGUUGUUGUCUUUGGCAAAGCCUAUUGCCCUAUCUACUGUAGAACAACUCAAGGGAAUCACAUGCUCAAAUCCUGAUGAGGAACAACUUGAGUCUAAGAUCCUCUUAUGUAUUGGCCAAGAAGUUAUGUUAUCUGCCAACUUGUGGGUGGAAACAGGACUUGUCAAUGGUGCACUUGGACAAGUCAAAGAAAUUGUAUAUAAUGCUGGUGAAAGACCACCUGAACUCCCCUUAUUUGUUGUUGUUCAAUUCAAAAAAUACAUAGGCCCAGUUUGGGACCAACACAACCCAAAAAAUAUCCCUCUUAUUCCAAUAAGUCGUGGUCUUCGACGUCAAAUACCACUAAAAAUGGCAUGGGCCUUAACAAUUCACAAAUCACAAGGGCUGACACUUCAAAGAGCGACAAUCGAUAUCGGCAAUACAGAUCGUCAAGGGUUAACAUUCACAGCAAUUUCAAGGGUCCGUGACCUUGCAAGUCUUCGCAUACACCCUCCAUUCACAUUCCAAAGAUAUUCACGUAUACAAAAGAGUCCAUAUGCUGCUCGACGAAAAGAAGAAGAGGAACGAAUGACAAUGUUAUCAAAUGAAAACACUUCUCCAGGUUUUUGCUCUUCAACCCCUUGUCACAUUGAAUCUUCUUCAUUUCCUGUUCUUUUCUUUACACCAAAACAACAAUACAUGUACACCAUUUGUUCAAUCCGAAUACUGUUUGUCCUUAUAUGA